AUGGCAAUGAAGAAGACUGCGGAGAAGAGGCAGUACUAUCUCCACCUUGUUGAGAUACAAGACGUCCCGAGCGGGUCCGGAGAUUACUUGCUCAAGUGGAAACGAGGCGAUAAAGACAUCAACAAAGGAGUAUUAAAGGGAUUGAAAUGUAACGGAGGAUCGAUUCAAGGCAACACAUUCAAUGUCAUCAUGGCGACGUGCACACUCUUUCACAAUAGUAAAGGGUAUGAUGAAAAGUUAAUGAAGUUCACAUUAGUCCAUCUCACCGACGGUGGGAAGAAGAAGAAGGAAGAAAUAGUUGGGAUUGGCUAUAUCGAUUUAGCGACGUACGUGGCGUGCGUCGCGAAGAGAACCGUCUCCUUUGAUUUGAAGACGAAGAAAGGAGAGAAGUUCCCGUGUCAAGUCUCCGUUCAAAGCUUAGGAGGCCUUGAAGUUUCUGACAACGACAAAACAGAGGUCUACACUAAAGCAAAGGAUCAGUUCGAUGAAACAGAAGCGGAAACACAAGACGAUGACACCAAAUCGAAAUCUUCAGUUAAAUCAAAAACAGAAGGGAAGUCUCCUAAUCCUUUUGGUGACGACGAAGACGAUGAUCGACAAAAGAGUCCAAGAGUUAAUGUUACUACUAAGGUUGCGACUUCGCAGAGUAGAAAGUCUGAUAAUCCAUUUGGAGAUACUGACGAUGAAGAAGAAGAACAAGUCACUAACAAAAGUGGAGCAAAGAAAGAGAACCCAUUCGGCGACUCUGAUGACGAAGAGGAUAAAAAACAACAACAAAGGGCUUCAAAAGGUAAUGCCAUAACAACACAAACAGUUGGAAAUCCAUUUGGUGACAGUUCUGAAGAAGAAAAGGAAACAAAGAAAAAGUCGGAUAAUCCAUUUGGAGACUCCGACGACGAUGAAGAGGCACUAAAGAGUACCCAAACAUCAAAAUCACAAACUAAAGUGGUUUCGAAUGUUCAAGUUACGCAUUCACAAAAGAAAAGUGGCAACCCAUUUGGAGUCGACUCGGACGACGAAGACACAAAACCAACACAAGUGCAAACAAAGGAGACAAAACCUCUUGCAAAUCCAUUUGGCGAUGACUCGGAAGAAGACGUGCCAGUUCAAAAACAACCCCAUCGUCCUUCAAAAGGAAACGCAAACUCAUUUGAAACUUCUAAGACUAACACAAAGACUAAAACAACAACCGUCACAUUAGAUACUUCGGUGACAAAGAAAAAUAUUCCACAACCAACGACACAACAAACAAAGGAGAGCGACAAAUCAUCCAAAACGUCGUCGAAGUCUUCUAAAAAGUCGGUUUCGAGAGAUGGCACCCCACGCGCUGUUAAAAAGGCUGAUGUCCUUGUGGGCUACACGAAAACCAAUGACGGCGAUAAACUCUCGUCGCCUGUUAAAGAGACGAAUAUCUUUAAGCCAACACAAUCACUUGAGGAUGUUGUUCUUUCACAAAAAGUGACUGAAUCAGUUCAAUUUAAAGACACUGGUAUUGACAUCCGGGAGGUGAUCGAUUCAUUUUCAACAAAAGGCCAUUUAGACGACUUAGAUUCGUUUGUGAUAUUAUUAAAGAAGUGGUGGGCGGAUGGGAAGAGCCAUGCGGAGCUAGACAUUAUUCCGAUGGUCUUAGAAACGAUCGACGACUGUGUUUGGGCGAUUAUGGCGAUUAAAGAGGUUGGUGGGAAAUUACAGAAGACGACGAGGAAAGGGGGGCGAGAGGAGCAAAUAGAUCUGAUCUAUGAGCGCAUCUAUAUAAAAGCGGUGAAGAUCUGUUCGUUUAAAAUGGAGGGGUUAUUAGACUAUUUAGUCGACAGUCCGAGUUUUGAUUCGCAGAAGUCGACGUAUGAAGAAGGUGUAGCGAAUGGGAUAGUUGAGAUGGUCAAUCAAUUUUAUGAGAAAGCGAACAAAUUGAGUGAUAAUGUUGCUGAACGCCUGACGACACAAAUCAUUCAUUUCAUCUGUUAUUACAUCAUCGAAGAAUUGAUCAGUCGAGACAAGAUCCAAGGGAUGAAAGGUUUCCAGAUGAGUUACUUAGUGAGUUGUAUGGUCAAUCGGGUGUGUAUCAACAACAAGUACAUUUGUUUGAAAAAGUAUAUGAUAGGGUUCGACCCUUUGACUGAGUUGUGUCGAUUAAUCACAAUGCCACUUACACUCGAUAUCGUCAAAAUGAAAGAGCAAGUCUAUCCAACAUUGCCUUAUGAGUAUGCGAUGCGGGCUUUGAACAAAUUUAAGUUGGACGAUUUCAACUUGUCGCGAAUUAAGACGGACGUCAAAGACUAUUUGUUUGAGAAUGGGUCGGGGGAGGUCCCUACAAGUCGAUUUACUAUAUUACCAUGA